UAUACUGGUUUAUUUUGUAUGUGAAAUUGCUAAUGUACAUGAGUUAAGCAAAUAAUUUAAAAUGCCGUUAAAAACUUUGUGCGGUCUAUUUGACGAACCCGUCAAAACGACGAAAAAAAAUUUCAUAAAAGAAAAUAUCAAGUCUAUCAAACAAUUACAAGAAAUAUUGCAUGUAGCUCAGAGAUCAAAAGAAAAUACUAAGACUUCUCUAGAUCGAAAUGUCAACAAAAAACCAAGAGAAAAACUAUCUUCAGUGGAACUUAGAAAGGCAAGUUUUAAAACAGAUGCAGCAAACCAAAAAGAUCAUGAACUUGUCCAAAUUAGUAAGAAACCAGUAGAAAAAACUCUACAAGCAAUAAACAAAGUCCAGAAUCAGUCUAAAUUGAAGAAUUACAAAACUACGAUGAAUACAAUCCCAAAUUUGAAUAAACCACAAUGUUCCACUAAGUCAGUGCAAACUGACACCAGUCUUGGAGGUAGCUGUGGUGAUGUAGAACUGCAAACUGAAGAAAGUGUCAUUAAACAACAAGAUAGUCAAGAAGAGGUUAAGGAUGAAGAGAAUCUUGGAGGAGGAUUCCAUGUCAUUAAAAACGAUUUCAAAGAUGAACCAACAGGAAUUCCUUUUGAACCGAACUGCCCACCUGGACAUGUACUAUUAUCUGAAGAAGAAAGAGUUGAAACUCUAAAAACAUUACGACAAAACUAUGAAAAAUUAAUUUUCAGUUUAAAUAGUUUGUCUAUAACCUGUGAUACCUUAAGAAUUAGGAAAAGGAGAAUUCAAUUGGAAGAUGAAUUGAGGGAUACAGAGGAAGCAAUUAAAGUUUUUGAUAGACCAAAAGUGUACAUUAAAGAAUAAAUUCUUGUAACAUAUUGUGUAUUUAUAAUGUUUUAAUAAAUUUUGAUCCUUUGUU